AUGACCUUCGGCCUUGACAAUGAAAAGGAAUUCCAAGUGGCUAAAGCGGCGGGCACAGUAUCAUUUUUUAUAGGUAUUGUGCUUGCUUCAAUUAAAGCUGACGACUGAACAGAUGCUGAUUGAAUCGUGAUCUCAAUUCCUAUCCUUCUUUCCCUCUGCUUUUUCCCACUCGCAAUACACUGUUUUUUCAACAUAAACUGCCCUCAAGGAAAAUCCAGAAGAUUUGUCCUUAUCAUCAGUUAUAACAUUGCCAUAUCAUUGAUUGGAUUUGUGAUACUUGGCACUCUAACCUUAGACGACACUAUGGACACAAGCUGGGCUGUAGCCUUUAUCCCUCUCUGGUACACUUUAUUAGUGUAUCUCAUUUUCUGCUGCUUUAUGCUGCCUGGGCUUAUAGACCCAGAAGUGAACAUGAAAAGGCAAGCAUUUUUACUUUUUAUGUGGUUUUUCGCUUUAUGUACAUUUUUAUUGCUAUUUGUUUUCCACCUUGAUAAUGACUCCCCAGAGUCCUUUGCAGUUGUAGCGAUUCCUAUUAUGACUGCAAGUGGAUUGCAUAUUUUUUCAUGUGCAGUAUCUAAAAAUAAAACAGAAAAAAAUUCAAAUGUGGGACUGAGGCCGAUUAUUGAUGAAUUGAUAUUCAAUUCAGCUCUGCUUUUAACAGGAGUUUUAUUGAUUUUGAGGGUAACUGUGAGUGAUUGGAUUCCAGCAAUUGUGAUUGCUGUGCCUGUGCUGGCUUUACUUUUAUAUAGCAUGGGAAUUGAAUUUUAUGAAACCCCGGCGAGGAGAGCUGAAUAUGAAGCAUUGAAUGCUGAAGAUAGUUAG